AUGGGCAAAGUUAGCAAUUCCAUUUUGAAUGCUUUCACUCAUAAGAGAAGUGAAGUUGUCAUGGCAAAGUAUUCAGCUGAAUACUCCAAAAAAUAUGGUGAUGCCUCCACCUCAGAUGCUCCUCCACGUGAUUAUGACUUGUGGUUUGACGCAACUGAUGUCCCAACUCAUGGCCAUGUCUAUGGCUUUAGUCCCCUAGAGGAUCUCACUGGAAUUAUUGGGCAAUCAUCAUCUGCUUCCACCUCUACAGGUCAAGCUCCAGAGCUGUACACUCAUGAAGACCUUCUACUGACGGCGGUUCUGUCACGGAGGUUAGUGACGGGAAUCGCCGCCGUCACGGAGAAUUUAGCGACGCGUGUUUUUGUAACGAAUGCUCGUCCCCUUUUCUCUCCAUCGCUCUUUCUCGAUCUGAGACCAAUCUUCCCCAACCAAGUCCUCCUCUUCCUCAAAUCAUCCUCUUACCUCCCAUUUCCGACCUCUUUUGCCUCUACUACUCUUCCUCCCUCUCCAUCAUCGCAGGCGGCGGCGGCGGCAGUUGGUGGGCUGGCCUGUGGAAGGCGGCCUUAUCCUCAGCUCCCUUCCUAUUUUUCCACUUCUCUUUGUGGCGUUGAGAAGCAGCACGUAAAGAAUGUCUCUGGUAAUGAUGCCUUCACCCUCCUCUUCGCCGCCGUCGAGUCCGACAUCGAUACCGCCCUCCAGAAAUGGGAGAUGGAUGCCGGGAAGAAAAAUAGGGUGACAAUGGCAGCGAUGAAUGCUAAGAUCCAGCGCACCAAGGCCCGGUUGAUGGAGGAGGUGCCCAAAUUGCAGAGGUUGGCGCUCAAGAAGGUCAGCUUCUUUGUCAUUCUGUUCUUUUUAAUUAAAUAUUUUUUGAAAAUUAUGAUUCUUGUUUUAGUUUCUGCUUUUUGAAUUGUAAAUUUUGGUAUGUUGAGAAACAAUGCAGCUUUUGUUUUAAAAAAAAAGUGAGAGAGAGAGAGAGAGAGAGAGUCAAUGCAGGUACUUUGAACGAUCUGUGAAUCAUUUCAUUUGGUAUUUGCAUAAAUUUGGAAAUAAAUUUUGAUUACUCUCUAUCCCAUUUUCAUGAAUAUGGCAAUUUUAAGUGGCCUGAAUGGUUUUAGAUUACCCAAUCACAUCUUUCUGUGCUACAGGGCUUAUGGCUUUGGAUUAAUUUUGAUUUUCUGAGCUUGCUAAAAGGAAAGGCGCCAUGGCAUUAGGAGGA